AUGACAACUUUUCUUUUUGUAUUUUUCCUAGCUGUUUCCCCUACACUUUCUAUUAUCCUCGGUGGAGAUGGCGGAGGUGGCGGAUUCCAUGGUGGAGGGCAUAGUGGCGGAAGAUCGUCUUCCUCUUCAAGUUCUUCUGGUUCGUGGUCUUCUGAAGAACACGGUCAUGGAGGCCACCGUCCACCUCAUAGACCACGUCCCACUGUCCCUCCAAGAUCCGAAUGCGACUCCGGUUGGUUGAGAUUCGAAAGACCGAGUGGCUUGAUUUGGUGUAUUUAUAUUGCCUUCUCGGGAGUCACCAACGGAUACUUUUCUCAAUCAGAAGCGCAAGUUGCUUGCACUGCACUAGGUGCAACUCUCACGGGAUUCCAAAAUGACAAUGAACGAAUGACAGUUGCCACGACGGCAUUGGCAAAUGUCACAGCAAGAGGAGGACAAGUAGCCGGACUUUGGCUUGGAGCCACAAAUCUUCCGGGAUGUAGAUCACCAAGUUGUGGUCCUUUUAACACAUUCCAAUGGACCGAUGGUUUCACAACUGGAGUCGGUGGACUCAAGUGGGGAGUUGGAGAACCGGAUGGAAACAAUUGGCCAGGACCAACUGCUUGUAUUCAACAAUUCAUUAUUUCCCCAAACUUCGUGGCUGGAGCCAAUGAAUUUGCAGGUUGGAAAGGAGCAUUUGUCAAUGGAGAUCUGGAUAAAUACGCUUGUGUAUCACCCGCAUAUCCAUACACCAGAAUGUAUGCGUGUGGAAAAGUUGGAGUCAGACAAUGA